AUGCAACUUAGCGCUCCAACGCGGACCACUUGUGUUGCCACCGUCGCCACCACUGCCACCGUCGCCGCCACUGCCACCGUCGCUGCCUCCACCGCCGUUGAAACAACCGUUACCACCGCCAUGUCAGCACCAACUACUACCAUUAAUAAUAUAGUCAGCCCUGCCCAUCAGGUAAGCGAAAUUUAUACAAAAAAUAAUAGUUCCUUUGCUAAAACUGAUCCGGGGAAGGUCGUGUGUGCCAGCACCACCCCAAUCAGUGUCGCACCUGCCAACGUCGCCCCAAUCAGCACCGCCUAUGCCAGCGCCCAAAUCCCCAAUGCCUCUGUCAGCGCCGACGUCACCAACGCCUCUGCCAACGUUGGUAUCGCCAACGCCACCUCGGUUAACUUUGCCGCGCCAACCACCAUGUCNCCAGCACCACCCCAAUCAGUGUCGCACCUGCCAACGUCGCCCCAAUCAGCACCGCCUAUGCCAGCGCCAAAAUCCCCAAUGCCUAUGUCAGCGCCGACGUCACCAACGCCUCUGCCAACGUUGGUAUCGCCAACGCCACCUCGGUUAGAAGUUCAAUUACAAGAUGCACAAACUAAAAUUGCAGAAGGCGAGCGCCAACGUUUAAAUACAGUUUUACCGCAGUUGACGUUGCCAACUGCAGCACCGCCACAGCCAACGUUUACAAAUACAAGUGCAAAUAAUCGCUGCCAAAGUGUACCUCAAAAUUGUGCCGUUAUGUUUACCGGGACAUCAGGGGCUCCGUCAGCUACGGCCGUGCCGUUUAGCAUUAAUUCUGUAAUACAUAGUGGUGCUAUGACAUGUAACGGGCCAUUCAAUGGGCCGCCAAACACUACUGUUACGAAUUCGUCGUACAAUCGUGCGAUCGUACCAACUAUAUUCCAGUCACAACCUAUCGUUAAUCCACCCAUUACUUCGCAUGUUAGACAGCCGGUUCCGUGGGNGCUACCGUAUCUGAACGAUGGAAAACG